AUGGAUGUCUCACCAUCGUCCCACGCCUCGUCUAGCUCUUCGGUUGCCAUCAUCGGCGCCGGCCUGACGGGCCUUUCAAUCACGCUGUCGCUCUUACACCACCACCUUUACAACCCCUCGGACAUCGCAAUCUACGAUCUCCGCCACCCGGACACGCCCGACCCGGCCAACUCGUCCGGCGUGGUGCUCACACCCAAUGGCCUGCGCGUUCUCGACUCGCUGGGUGUGCUGCCACGGAUCUCUUCGCGAUGCUGGCUCUCCGAGUAUCGCACAUAUAAGAACGAGCGCGAUGAGACGACCCGGAAAACGCUGAUCACGAACGAGACCCUCUACGGGUACAAGAACCACCGGUUAUGGCGGCGGAUCCUGGUCGAGACGAUGCUGGGCAUGGUGAGGGAGCGUGGCGUCAGGGUUUGUUGGGGCGCGAGGUUCGAAGGCGUAGUGAGCGAGGGCGAGGAAGGUGUCACCUUCAACGUCGACGGGCGGGUUGAGUCGGCUGGGAUGCUGAUCGGGGCGGACGGGAUUCACUCCUCGGUGAGGAAAUAUGUCAAUCCAGACGAUCCUGGGCCCGAGUACACAGGCAUUGCGGGUGUCUUGAGUCACAUUCCCUGGACCUCUGUCGAGUGGCCGUAUGAAAACUACGAACGUGCAUGCACUAUUCAGGGGAGGCCCGGAGCAUUGGUGCUGAUGCCUGAAGAUCGGGAGGGAAGCAUAGUCAUGGUGGCAAUGCAGGUCAGCAUGGAGGACCGCAGUCGCGACAAGUGGGAAGCGCUGGCUCAGGAUAAAGACUACUUGCGUGAUUUCUAUGCGAACACUCGAGACAAAUGGGAGAGCCCAACCGCAAAAGGAAUCAUUGAUGCCGUUUGUCGGCGCGUCGAUACAACCUUUUUGUGGCCCUUCAUGCGAAUGGCACCGCUGAAGAAAUGGUAUUCAGAAAAGGCUGGCAGGGUCAUCAUCAUGGGCGACGCCAGUCACGCAUUGCCUCCGAGCAGCGGACAGGGCGUGAACCAGGCCCUGGAGGAUGUGUACGCUCUGACGAGGCUGCUUCUUCUGCUCAAGUCAAAGCCUAGACUAGGGCUCAAGAAUGCGCUGGCGUUCUGGCAGUCCCUGCGGCAAGCACGGGUGGAUGCGGUCUUCGACUGGGCCACGAACAAGACCAACAUCCAGCGUUUACCUCUGGCAGAGAGAGAGGCGCUCGUGCGUGAGGGGAAGGUCGUAGAUGCCAGCAACGUUGACAACUUUGACGACAUGCGGUGGCUGUAUCAGCCGGACACUGACGGAGUGAUCGAUGCGUGGGCGGCCCAACAGGCAUAA